AUUGAAGAGCAUGCGAAAUUGUGUGCUACAUGGAAGUUGAAUGCUGCGCAAAACCACAAGGUAGAAAUUGAGGAUAUUAGGUUUACUCGUGAACGGGAGUCAAUUCUAACUUGCCACUUUCAUUUCUGCAUCCAUCAUACCUCGAGGCAGGAUCAUGUCAUGGGUAAAUUCCAAUUUCAACAAGACGUACAACGGUUUAAGCGGAAAAUUGUUGACCAUCCUGUUUUAAAAGAGGUCGAACCUCUGACGCCGAGGGCAUAUAUUCGCGUUCAGGAAGUACUCACGAACUACAUUCAUGAGCUGAGAAAGAACAGCAUGGCUACCUUCGUCCAUCCUACGCGCCGCGAUAUACUGAAAAAGGCUUACCUGGAAGGGAGAUUUCCACAAAGCGACUUGGUUGAGCCUAUGCCAAACUGGCGCUUUCUCACUACGUUUAAGAGAUUCAACGACAUCAUUAAGGCUCCUCCGCCGGUCCCGUUCAGAGAUAAUAUGGUUUCUUCGGCUCUCACCAGGCUUCCUGAAAUCCUGCCCCCAUUGCGCAUGAAAGCGGAGCUUAAACUCUCGGCAUUGUGUCUGUUGCCCACACCAUCCAGAAUCGGCGGUGGAGAUCAUGACUUUGCCCUCCGUAGACACCGACUGGCAAGCUCGUUCUUCCUUUGUGGAAGAGAAUUGUUUGCCUAUCCAGAGGUUUCCCAUCACGCGUUUUCGAUUAUGUAAGCAUCGCCUGUGCUGGGUGACGCUUCCGUUCUCGAAAAGGAAUACUGGGACAUUGGACAGGGAUCCCGAAUUUCUCGUUAUCAAGGCGCUGCUGUGAUAGUUAGCCUCUGC